AUACAGUAGUCAACAUAUUAAUCUUUAUAUAUGGUCAAGAUAUAAAUAACGAAUUUCUAUAUAUUAGUUCAUUGUCAUUAUAUCCUCAACAACAUGCGUAUCAUCAUUUUGGCAGCUUUUUGUGUCGCGACUGUGGUAGCUGUUCCCAAGCUUACGCAUCAAAGGAUUGUGGGCGGUGACGUCACAACGAUAGACCAGUACCCCAGCAUUGUCGCUCUACUGUUUGUAUACGAAUGGGUAAUAUACGCACAAGAGUGUGCCGGUGCCAUUCUAAACAGCCGAUCGGUUCUGACUGCAGCACAUUGCACUUAUUUUGAUGCGGUUAGUAAAUGGCGUGUUCGUGCUGGCUCUACUACUGCUAACGCUGGUGGUUCAAUUCACCGUGUCAGUGGGAACAUUAUACAUCCAUUAAAUGGAGUAGAACCGACUAUGGAUCACGAUAUCGCCGUUCUACGAGUUGCGACUCCAUUUGAAUUCAAUGAGUUUAUUCAGCCCGCUCGCAUCGCUGGACCUAACUAUAGAGUUCCAGACUACGAUUACCUCUGGGCUGCCGGAUGGGGUACAACUUAUUAUGGAGCCACUUCGGGUUCAGCACAGCUGCGUCACGUGCAAGUGUUGAAGAUAAACUUGGAUAGGUGCAAACAGCAAUACGAUGUGGUGCAUAUGGUUAUUACUGACUAUAUGUUGUGUUCCGGUUGGCUUACCGGAGGUCGUGACCAGUGCCAGGGUGACUCUGGUGGCCCAAUUUAUCACAAUGGUGUCGUUGUUGGUGUCUGCUCUUUCGGCAUUGAGUGCGGUCGUGCUGAUUUCCCCGGUGUAAACACUCGAGUGGCCAACUACUCAAAUUGGGUCGUAGAUAAUGCGUAAAUGAUUCAUAAAAUAAACAAACUUGUAUCGCUUUUCUAUUAAUAAAUACUUCAUUGAUAUUAACCCUAUCCCGAUUAGACAUACUAUGUAUGUAUGUGUGUAUGUAAUGACUGUCUAUAUAUUGAAUACAUAGAUAUAUUGAUUGACACGUAUACAAUUAGCAUCAUACUAUUAGAGAAAACUAGUGAUUUCUUUAUUAAAUAAUAAAUUACAUAUGUUUAACGUU